AUGAUGUAUCAAGAAUGAUAGAUAUAUUUAGUCAAAUGCCAGAAUCAUAAAUGGGUUCAUUAAGAAUGAGACCUUCCUAAUUAAGAAUAGAAAUGACUGAUGAUCAAUAACUAUCCACAAGACGUAGAAAUUUUAUGUCCCCUACUGCUUUGCCAUUAUUUAGAGAAUUGUAAAAAAAUAGUUUUAUAUAUAAGAUAAUAAUAAACUACUAGACAACAUUUGUAAUAAAGUAUUGCUCCUUUAGCUAUGAAAGUAAAAUUAUCAAUUUUAUACAUUAGCCAAUAUCUAGUCAAUCUUAAAUUACAAAAUCCUUAUUGUUUAAUUUAUUUUUAUAAGGUUUCUUUAUAAACUAUUAUGGUUAUCUAUUUUGGUAAUACAGUUUUCGCUAUGUUUUACUUUAAUUAUGGAUUUAAGAUUUACUCACAAUGUUCAUAUUAAUAUAUUUUAAUUAUCGUAAAGGAGAAGAUUGUAUUUGGCAAUUAAUAGAAGCUAUGUUUCUAUUUUUCUUAAAAGUAAUAGAAUCAUUUAAAAAAAAAGGUUUUUAUAGUAUUUUAUUAUGAAAUACAAAAAUUCAAAAUAUACUUUAUUACAAUAAUGAUGAUUUCACUUUCUAUCUUAGUGUUAUUUAUGCGAGUUGUUUAGAAAUUGAAAUUUCAAUUAUAGAACAAUUAAUAAAUUGUAAGUAUGAAAAUAUAUAGUAAGAUUAUCUAAUUUAUAAAAACAUUAUUAUGUGUUUAAAUGACACUUAUUGCUUUGAAAUGGGAGGAUAAAAUUGAAUGGGUUUGGUCUUAAAUUUUUAUAAUUUUAUGGGUAUUUUUGGUAGUUCUUGCAUUAUUAUUAUUUAUAUCAUUUAUAGGAUGUAUUGAAACAUUCAUUAAUCUUCUAAAAAAAUAAACUAGUUAAAAUUAUUGUAUUUCUUAUAUCUAUUAUAGUAAUAGGAAACAUUUGGAUUUUUAUCAAUAUAAUAGGUUACACAUUGUUACCAUUCUCAUUUUUGUAUAGAUUGACUUAAUUAUAUGAUAAUGAAGAAUCAUUUGGAGAGGAUGAAACUAUUUAAUUAAUUGUUUUAAAUGGAAUUUAUAUGCUCUUGUUAACCAUUUAUACUACUUUUUUUGUAAAUAAUAUAAGGUAAUUAUAAAAUCCUAAAAAGUAGAAUGUUUUUGAAAGAACUUUAAGGAUUUGAAUAAUACUCUACUGGUAUGCCAUAAUAAUAACCAAUACAAAUUUAAUAAGAAUAAGAAUAAAGAAAUAAUGAUAAUGGACCUGAUUCUAAUGAAACCUUGUCUAAGAAAAAAAGAAAGUAACCAUUUAGAUUUAUUAAAUUAAAUGCACCAUUAUAUUUAGUAAAAAUGUCAUGUACAUUCUUUGCUAUUUUUGAUAAAAUACAUUUUAAUUAAACAAAUCAAAAAUAAACAGAAUAACUAUCUCAAAGAGCAUUAGGAUAAUAAUCAUCAAAUAGAAUGGAAUUUUAAAAGGAAAUCAAAGCAAAUAGCAAUUCAUUAGAUGAAAAGAUCAAUAACUUAGAAGUAUAAGAAUAAUAAAAAGAAAUAAUUGAAGAAUAGCCAAAAGAAAAUGAAUAAUCCAAAAAAUGUUCAGAAAUACCUUAAAAAUCUCAAAAUUCAAUAAAUGAUGAUUAAUAAUCUACUUAGGAUAAAUGUUUAAUUUGUUAUGAAAAUUAACCUAAUAUUUUAUUUAUACCAUGUAGACAUGGUGGAGUAUGUGAGAAAUGUGCAGAAGAUAUUGUACUUAAAACCAAUUAAUGUUAUUUGUGUAGAAAAGUAUAUAUUCUUUAAUAUUUAGAAUAUUAAAUAAAUAUUGAAAAUAAAUACAGAAGGAGGAUAAUUAAUUGUUAAUGAGAUUAGUAACAUAAAAUAAAGAAGAUAAAUUUAAGUAUGA